UACUCCAGACCGUGUAUACUAGGCGGCCAAUGGAACUUAGUUUACAUCAUUGCCCCCUGUAUUGGUUUUCCAUAUGGUGCAGUCUGCAUUUGAUAAGAGCAUCGUUUAGCGGCAGAGCUAUCGGGAUCCGGGCCGCCUCGACUCUGUAAUCACAGAGAUUUCUAAUCAGGAUGACAUGGUAAGAGCGCUCUGAACUUCAAGCGACAGAGACAGAGACAGAGAGAGAGAAAGAGAGAAGGACUAGAUAUGCCGGGUCCAAUGAGUUGCAGGUCUAAUCAGUUCAUGUUGUGACUGGACUGUGUUUACUGUGUGGAUAGGGCGUACGUCUUGGAGUUGUUAUCGGCAGUUCGCGCUAUAAAAUGGGCGCACACUGAUGCAUGCAAAUGGUGCAGAUUUGGCCUAAUCAGAGAAGGAAGUUUUGUUAACAUGGAGCAUGUUGUGGACUGAUCGGCAGAGCAGAAUCAAAGGGAGAAGAUUUAGACUCCGGUUUCGGUAACCAAAGGGCCUGUUCGAAACGUUCAGCAUUUCCAUUUUUCAACGACGCUCUACGGUUAAAUACAACUCGAUACACAACAGACCAGAUCUCGAUUACGCUCGGCCCGUUACAAGGAGGCUUACGUCGCGUUCUGUCGAUGCGAGGGCCAUGUCGUUCGACGUGCCGCCCACUGUCAAUGACGUGCCGACGCCAUGUUUUCUCGUCGACCUUGACAAGGUGAAGAGGAACGUGGCGAGGAUGAGGGACGCGUGUUCGAGUCUCGGUGUCGAACAUCGACCUCAUGUCAGGUGUCACCGGACUUUAGAAGGCGGCGAGUUACAGACGGGUGGGACCAGACGGAAGAUCGUUGUAUCCACGCUGGACGAGGCGACGUUCUUCGCUGACGGCGGAUUUGAAGACAUCCUGUUUGCUAUUCCCAUCACCCAGUCCAAGAUCAGAGGGUGUCAGAAACUGGCUAACAGACUGAACGAAUUCCACGUGCUGUUUGACAGUCAGCACGGGGUGCAGAGUCUGAAACACGCCACCCUCAAGGACGGCAAAAAGUGGUCCGCCCUCCUCAAGGUCGACACCGGGCACGCGAGAACUGGUGUUCUGUGUGACAGCGAGGAGGCCAUACACCUGGCUAAGGAGGCGCACGAGGCGGAGAAUGUCGACUUCAAAGGAGUUUACACGCACGAGGGCCAUUCUUAUUUUAUUAAAGGGGUGCAGGAGCAGAUGCAGUUUGGUCAUGAAAUAGUUGACAAACUGCUUACUCUAGCCAGCCGACUUCGUGCCACAGGGGUGGAUUGCCGUAUCCUAGCGGCUGGGUCCACCCCCACCUGCAGCCACCCUGCGGAAAAUGCUGGUCUUCUCACCGAACUUCACCCUGGGGCCUAUUUUUUCUACGACCAAGAGCUACUCCUCUUGGGCUGCUGCACCAGUGCCGACAUCGCCUGUCGCGUAGCAACUCGAGUGGUCAGUCACAAGAAGUCUCACAACGAGUUUCUGGUGGAUGCUGGGUACAUGGCACUCGGACACGACGGAAUCGCCCAGCAACCACCCGGGGGGUUCUGUAAAUUCCAGGAAUACGACCACUUGAGGAUGGUCUGUCUUGACCAGGAGAUGGGGAAGGUGACCACUACAAACAGCAAACUGGACUUUGAUGAAUUUCCCAUUGGAAAAAUACUUUUUAUUUACCCAUACCAUGCUGGAUCGACCGCCUCACAACACCCGCUGUACUUCGUCCAUUCUGGCGAGAGGGUGACGGGAACAUGGCGUCCCACGCGAGGCUGGCACCCCAGGAGUAACCAUGUGCCUGAGAAACAUCUAUGUGCCUGAGAAACAUCAGACGUAACCAUAGCAACACACAAUGUGCAGGCAUUUCAUAUGCGUGUAUUUUAAAGGUGUUUUCUCCACUAACAACAAUGUGUGUCAUUCUACCCUAUUGGUUCAACCAGAGAAGACUAUACAUGUAUGGUUUUGUCUCUGUCUGUCUGACCAACUGUGUCUGUCUGUCUGUCUGUCUGUCUGUCUGUCCAACAUAUAUUUUUUCGGAUACUUUAUUUUGACAAUGCAUCAAGAUAUAAUUAUAAUUAUCAUUAUCAUUAUUUUGUGCAUAGAUUUAUCAUAAAAGAGCUACAGAUCAAGGUUGUUUAUCAUAGGGAUUUUACUCAUUUUUGACAGAGUUAUGGCCCUUGAAAUUGGGAGAUACUCACAAUUUGUUUUCUGGACUUUGUGUACAUUGAUUUGUCAUGUAGAGUUACAGAUUAAGGUUGAGGUUCAUGGGGUUUUACCUAUUUUUGACAAAGUUAUGCCAGAUUAAUUUAUGUAAAAAUAGCAGAGAAUCGCAAAAUGGAAGGGAAUACUUAAGACAAUUCCCAGUGGUUUAUGUUCGGCUUUGCAAACCACUUAAACUGUCACGUUUGUGUUCUCUUGGUGGAAAUGGACAAUAGAAUAUCAAUAGUUAAAGUUUAAAAUUCAUUUUGUUUAAUGACACCACUAGAGCAUAUUGAUUAAUUUAUCAUUGGUUAUUGGAUGUCAAACAUUUGGUAAUUCUGAGAGGAAACCCGCUAGUUUUCCUAAGACAGCAAGGGAUCUUUUAUAUGCACUUUUCCACAGACAGGAAAGCACAUACCACAGACUUUAAUCAACAGAACCAAUCUAUUCACAUUCACUUGGUAUGAAAGUGUCAUUACCAACAUUACUUUUUGUACAUUAAGCAACAUUUCAAUAUGCAUGUUUUUUUAUUGAUCGUUUCCAUAUUCAUGUGCAUAGACCCAUCCAUGAAGGCAUAAUGACAGAAAUCAAUUUCAAAGAUGGUGGUAUGUGCUAUUCUGUCUGUUGGAUGGUGCAUAUAAAAGAUCCCUUGCUACUAAUGGAAAAAUGUAGCGGGUUUCCUGUCUAAGACAAUAUGUCACAAUUACCAUGUUUGACAUCCAAUAGCCGAUAAUUAAUAAAUCAAUGUGAUCUAGUGGUGUUGUUGUUAAACAAUACAAACUCUUUAUUACAACAAACAAUACGCUACUGAACCAGGACUUCUAUAUUAUAGCAGCCCCACUCCCAUGGCUAGUGAUAUUCAAUGUUGGGUUUGUAAAUAACUACUAUUGAUAUGCUCGAUGGCUAGUUAAAAACAAAAUUGUCAAAUGCAUGUUGCAGUUAAGUCUAUGUUGUAGAUAUGAAUAUCCUGACCGCACCCCAACCUCCAAUAUUAAGUGUUUCUAAACUUUUUAGGCGACAUAUUUAAUUAUUACUAUUAUUAAGAAAAGUUAAGUAGGGCUAGUAAAUAUUUAAUCGUGGCUAGUACAUUUUUAAAAUCACUGAUUCCCAUGCCUAGUGGAUUUAAAAAAAAAUCUAGAAGCCCCAACUGAUUGAUGGGACAGUUUUGCAGGGUUCAAACUUAAUGAUGGCAAUUGCCGUAGAAGUGAUAUGCUUUGUAGUAGGACCUUUACCGAUGGCAGUUUUCCUGCCGUUAGAUAUAAAUUACUGUAAAAUACUUUAUCUUCGAGGGGUGUAAUUUUCACGCUGAAAACUAGUAGUUGCAAGUUGUCAUUAUCGGGCUAUUUACAACAAUUAACUGGUCACGAUCUGUUGGGUUUAAUUUUUCGGAGGAUCCUAACAUUCGAGAUAAAUAUCUUUGCGCAGUUCAACGGAUAAUUUGUGAUUUUUUGAUUUUUUAUUUAUUUGUUGCAAAUAUUAUUUGUUUAAAAUUGCCAUAGCCAGGCAGAAAAUUGCCUUGAUGGGAUAGACCCUAGUUUUUAAACACUAAGGCAUAAUUUUCACCUAGACUCUAGUUUCAACCCAUAAGAAUGGACACUAAUUUACAAACCUGUAACAAAUUUGAAUACAACAGAGUGAAACUAGAGUC